AUGCUAGCUGCACACUGGUUGGUGCUGGCCCCGUUAUACGCAAAGCUCAUUAGACUGCUGCCCAAAUCAUGGUGGGAUGACUGGCUGGAUCUCAUGCAUCCCGAUGCCGGCUACAGGUUAGAUAUGAGCCGUUAUACUCGGCAUGGCGACACGUUUGCUCUCGUUUCUCCUGGUGCCAUCAUGAUUCAAACUGCCAGUGCCGAUGUGAUUCGACAAAUUAUCAAACAGCGAGAGAAGUUUCCCAAGCCGUGCCAUAUAUAUGGCAUGUUGAGGCUGUUUGGCGAAAAUGUUGUCACGACGGAGGGAGCCAUAUGGAAGGCGCAUCGCAAAAUUACCUCAGCAAGCUUCAAUGAGAAGAACUCACCUCUCGUGUUCCGCGAAAUUAUUGAACAGACGAACGGCAUGAUAAGCACCUGGGUGGACAACUUGGGGAACAGGAGCGAGCCUCUAACAUCAAUCUCAGCUGACAUCAAACGUCUCACGGUCAAUGUUAUUACUUAUGUUGGCUUUGGACUGCGGCUUCUCUGGCCAGGUCAGGUCUUGCCGCCAGGGCUAGAUGCUACAUCUGCAAAAUAUGCUUCACUGGAUGCACCGCCUGGAUUUUCGAUGUCUUUCGUGGAUACCCUCAUCCAGUUAAUGAACGACAUUUUGAUCGUCAUGCUGCUUCCACAGUGGCUGUUGAGACUGUCCCCGUGGAAAGGUCCUCGCCUGGCUGCCUCAGCUUACCAGGAUUAUGUCAAGUACUCAAACAUGAUGAUGGAUGAGAAGAUCGAAGGUGUGGAAAGAGGGAAGCCGGUAGAGGAGGGGAUGGAUUUCAUGGGCGCAUUGAUACGUGGAUCAUACGGUUUGGAUAGGAAGACGUCGACUUCUGCCGAAAAGCCUGACAAAGCCCAUGUCCUGAACCGACAGGAGAUUCUUGGAAACGCAUUCGCCAUGUUUGUUGCGGGCCACGAGACGUCAGCAAACACGAUUCACUUCACCCUUAUUAACCUAGCCACAAAUCCAGCGGCCCAACGCCUCGUCCAGAAGGAUAUCGACGAACUAGUUGGGGAUUCGGACCCGUCGACUUGGGAUUACGAGCGAUUGAUUGGGCCCAUGGCAACCAGCGCGGUUGCGGCGAGUAUGAACGAGACUCUUCGCCUCAUUCCACCUGUACCUGCCAUCCCCAAGCAGAUAUCUCGGGAUCAAGACCAGGUGAUCAAUGUCGACGGGCAAGAAUGUCUGCUCCCGCGGGGUAGUUUGAUUAUGCUUCAAGUUUUGAAGGCACACGAAGACCCUAGACACUGGCCAUACGAAGAGAGCAAGUUGACCCCCGGAAAGGAUGAUCUUCGAGACUACAAGCCAGAGCGGUGGUUUGAGACCACGCCAGGUCUUCGUCGUCAAGGGCAGUUAGACGAGACGUUUGUCAGGCCGGUGCGGUCAGAGUCGCCGGAUUCCAAUGAAGAUGAGAGCGACGAAGGCAUAGAGCGCAAACUCGAUUGCAACGCGCGCUUCUUUCGGCCCCGUCGUGGCGCGUAUUUACCGUUCAGCGAUGGGGCAAGAUCUUGCCUUGGACGACGCGUUGCACAGGUUGAAAUCAUGACUUUCCUGGCUGUCCUUCUCCAACGGUACAGCAUUGAAUUAGCGCCGGACCAGUGGGCAGGCGAGGACGAAGUCCAGAGAAUGGGUAGAGAGGCAAGAGCAGAUGUAUACCGGAAAGCGCAGACUCUCACCCGGCAGACGCUGGCUGAGGCAGAGUCGGUGAUAACAUUAGGGCUGCAGGGCAAAUCGGUCCCGAUGAGGUUGGUUAAAAGAGGUGAAGAGAAAUUCACCAGUUGGAUGUCCGACGCGUGA